CAAUCAAUUGAAGUAUCAAAAGAAUUAUCUUCAUCAUCUGCAGAUCAAAAGGAUGCUGAAAUAUUAUUCGAACAACCUAUUUCACCACAACCUAAUGAAACCAACAAAUCCGAAGUUAUUACUGAAGAUAUCUCACCUCCUAGUCCCGGUACUCCUCCGCCAAGACCUACUAUGGAAAAUGGAAGAACAAGUGAUGAUUUGGAUCUAGAUUUUAGUGCCAAUUUGAUAUCUGUCAAUAGUAUUGAUCUAAAGGAAAUGCGACCCAAUAACUUAUCACCUAGACAACAAGAAAGAGCUGAUGAACCGCUAUUACGAGCUGUUCGCCAUCUUUUCAACAAUCGAUUUAUGAAAGCAAAAGCUUUAUUUGAAAAAUAUGCCCAAUUUGAACCUCUACAUGCACUAGGAUUGGGUUCUAUGGCCUUUCUCAAAGCUGUCAUGACAUCUGAUGAUCAAGCAACAAAGAACGCCAUCAAUGUGCUGACUACUACUUACAACUUGGCCAAUGCUCAAAUUGAUGCUGCAACAAAGAAAAAUGUUGGUGAUUCUGUAGUUUCCUAUGUAACAGGCUAUUAUCAGCAUAUCAAGUAUUCCCGUGGUUCCAAAGGCAGUGGUCUUCCAUCAAGUCCCAAACCUGUUACUAAGCGAUCUAUUCAAGAAGAAGGUGUAGACUUUUUACCUAAUGGGGUUUUACGUGCUCAUGUUGCCAAAGCUGAAUGUUGUCUUCAAAUGGCCAUUUUACAAUUACUUCAAGAAAAUGUUAUGAAUUAUAUCAAAUGUGGUUUGAAUUUGCGUAGAGCUUAUGUUAGUUAUAGUUUAGUAUGGCAAGAAUACAAACGAAUGGGUCAAGAAUAUAAUGAUUUUAUUGACAAAGACACUGUAUCUGGAAUUCAGUUUGGUAUUGGUACUGUCCAUUUGAUUUUGGCAAGUCUUCCUCAAAAAAUCCUUCGGGUGGUAUCGGCCUUUGGUUGGAAAGCAGAUAAACAUCUUGGAUUUGCAUUGCUCAAAUUGUGUUUAGAAGAUCGUCGUAUCCGAUCACCUAUGGCUUCUCUCAUGUUACUCGCCUACUAUACCGUCUUGACAUCCCUUUGUCCUCAAGUACUUGCCAACGAAUAUACUCAACCAGCUAUUGAAACAUUAUUGGAUGCACAACGAACAUACCCUAAUUCGGCUUUCUUUUUAUACUUUGCUGGACGUACCUCAAGAUUGGCACGUAACUUGACAUUAUCAACACAAUCCUUUAUGUAUGGUAUUGAAAUCAGCAAAAACGAAUGGGCAGAAGUGGAAGUUUUACAUAUGUGCAGUUAUGAAAUUGGAUUUAACUAUAUGAUGCAACACGAAUGGGAAGAAGCAGCCAAAAUCUUUGAAAUGUUAUACAAAGAACGAUACUGGUCUCCUGCCAUCUUCCGUUACUUACAAGGUGCAUGUUUGGAUAUGUUUGGACAACGUACGGAAGCGAUUCUUGCAUUUGCUGAAGUUCCUGAUUUGGUGGGAUCAAAAUCAUCGAGUACAGCUAUGAUGGAAAACUAUGUCCUAAGAAAGGUGAAGACAUUACAAUCUAGUGGUUAUCAAGAUAUGGAUAUGACUGUAUGUGCUUUGGAAUAUUUGUGUCUUUACAAUGCAUUUGACUUUAUGGAACAAGGUCAGUUACAGAAGUGUUUGGAUGCUGUGGAUCAGGCUCAAUUACAUAUUGUAGAAGCAGAAAAGAUUGAAUUUGGUAUCCGUACAAGAGAACUACUUCCUCAAACGCCAGCUCCUCAAUAUUAUGAUCAACGUGGUGCCGUUCUAUUGAUCAAAUCUUCUAUACAGAACGCUAUGGGUUGUUAUAGAGAUUCCAUUAUUCAUCUCAACUGGAUUAUCGACCACAAGGACAAUAUUAAGACGGAUCGCUGGAUUGUACCUUUUGCUUAUUGGGAGGCUGGGGUAGUGUCAUGGGGAAUAGGCAACAAGAAACGAAGCAAUACAUUUUGGGAAACAGCAUUGAAAUAUAGUAAAUACGACUUUGAAUACCGGUUGGCGACUCGAAUUAAUUUGGCAAUGACAAAGGCUCAAGAACAAGGUGGGACAAAACCUGUCAAUAAUGAUAACGAUGAUGAAGAGGAUUUGGAUAUGCAAUCUGAACAUUCUGUUCCUUUGAAUGAUGAUUCUGAAAAGGCUAAUGAUGGUAAUCAAUCAACGGUAGAUAAAGAAUCACGCUCAUCAACACCCACACAUCAUGAAGAAAAAGAAACUACAGCAUCAUUCACCGUCGAUGAAAACGUAUCUCAACACCAACAGAAGGAAAAAGAUGAAAAGCAAGAGAAAGAAAACAAGGAACAAGGAGACUCACAUACGAAGGGUCAAUAGGAAAAUAGUGUUAUCGAUAGAUUAGUGAAAUUAUUUGAACCAUAAUAUACUCGUUAUUUAGACUUAGUUUUACACACACACACACACACAUGAUCCUCCCUUUUUUUCCAUUAGUUGUUAUCCUCCCUUGCUCAACCCCUGAUAUUCAUUUUUUUUUUUAUAUAUAUUCAUCUUUAUAUCAAUAAAUCAAGGAAAUCAAAAUAUACGAUGAAAGAAAACAA